UCAGCGUGACACAAAUAAGACACUGCAAUGUCAGCUGAGACUGAAACGAGAUGGAAUGAAGGUCGAAGAUGUUUUAGAGCCACACUCGUGACCGACCACACGCAUUCUGAAGGGCACGUGGGCCCGCAUUCCUUUACGUGAAUGAAGCGACUUUCAGUUUCGAUUCUUCAGAAGCACCGCUCGCUUGUCACAGUUUGUCACAGUGGAUCUCCGUUCACGAUGGCAGCAGCUCGCCCUUUGCUGUCCGCCGAUCAGUUCACCUGCUCGGUGUGUCUGGAAGUCCUGAAGAAGCCCGUCACUAUCCCGUGUGGACACAACUACUGCCUGGACUGUAUUAAUGACUACUGGGACCAGUCCGACACCAUGGGGGUCAACAUCUGCCCUCAGUGCAGGCGAUCAUUUAAUGUGAGGCCCGAGCUGAACAGAAACACCGUACUGGCAGAAAUAAUAGAAAAACUGAAUGAAAUGCAAAGCGAUGUCGCUCUGUCUCAGAGUUACGCCGGACCUGACGAUGUCCCCUGUGAUGUUUGCCCGGGGAGAAAAUGGAGAGCCGUGAAGACCUGCCUGACCUGCAUGGCCUCUUACUGCGAAAGUCACCUGCAGCCACACAGAGAGUUCGAAGCUCUGAAGAAACACAAACUGGGGGAGCCGACUGGAAACCUCGAGGAGAAAAUCUGCCAAAAACACCUGAGAGUCCUGGAAAUCUUCUGUAGGACCGACGAGACGUGCGUAUGUUUACUAUGUGUGGCGACCGAGCACAAGAGUCACGACACGGUGACACCUGAGGAGGAGAGAGCGGGGAGACAGAGUCAACUGGAUAAAGAAAAGAAACGGCUGAGAAAGAGAAUCCAGGAGACAGAGAAGAGACUGGCGGAAAUCAAAGAGAGUGUAGUGAAGAUUCAGAGAUCUGCACAGAAAGAGCUGCAGGAUCAUGAGGAUACCUUCAACUUCCUGACUCAAAUAAUUGAGACGCUGAGGUCCAAGGUUACCGAGACAGUUAGAGAUCAUGAGUGGAAAGAGGUGAGAAAAGCUGAAGAGCUCAUGGAGCAACUGGAGAAUGAGAUUAAGGAGCUGAAGAAGACCAGUGCCGAGUUGGCCCAGCUUUCCCAUACUGAUGACCACAUCCACUUCCUAAAGAAAUUUCCAUCCCUCUGUGUCCCUAUGAGUGACGGAGUCUCACCUAAACUCACGGCCAAUUCAGAUUUCCUUCCUGAGACUCUGAAGAAAGACCUGUCCGAGCUGCAGAGGCAUCUUCAGGAGAUGAGUGGCUGGGAAUUUGUGAAGAGCCGGCAGACAGAAGUAAAAACCCCAAGUUGCUUCCAGCAGAAUAUGAGUAGGAAUUCAUUUCUACAAUAUGCCUGUCAGAUCACAUUGGACCUGAACACGGCACAACAGCGCCUUCAGCUGACGGAACAGGGUACUAGGGUGACGUGUAGUGAGAUAGAGAUCCCAUAUCCUGAUCACCCUGACAGAUUUGAUUGGUGGACUCAAGUCCUGUGCAGAGAGGCCCUGAGCAGCAGCCGCUACUACUGGGAGGUCGAGUGGAGUGGAGAUGGGGUGGUAAUUGGGGUGACAUAUAAAGGAAUCGGCAGAAAAGGAAGGAGCAAAAAAAGUAGCCUUGGAGACAAUGACAUAUCCUGGCAUUUGCUCUGCUUUGCCUCCCAUUGGGUCAAGGAAGGUCCCCCGCCCUAUAGAGUCGGCGUGUUCCUGGACUGUCCUGCUGGCACUGUGUCAUUUUACAAAGUGACAGACACAAUGACUCUCCUACUCAAGCACAGAGCCUCCUUCAAAGAGCCCCUCUAUCCAGGGUUUCGCAUUAAGCUUAACUCCAAUUUGAAAAUCUGCCCUCUGAACCCCUCUGGCCAGUAACUGGUAUCCCUACAGAUGACCUUUGAACUUUAACUGGAAACAAAAGAGAAUACGUGUGUGGAAGAUGACACCUGACUGAGUGAAUCUGGAGAAGAGACAACAUAAGACAUGUCCACACUACUACAUCUUCUCUUAAAAAAUAAUUACUUAAAGGCAAAUGAUCUCCAUCCCAUCUAGCAGUUUCACAUCUUUUCGAACAUCUUCACCUACACUGAAACAACUGGAAAUGAAUGUGGUGUAACUGCUCACCCACAUGGGGCAUUCACACAAUGGCGGAAACAGACAGAGGAGGAGCCCUCCAUAAAGGGAUGGUAACACCGUCGGCCACGGGAUUGGUGACGACUGGUAAGUUAUUGGACUUCUGUGCAUGUAAGAAACAUUCAGACUGAACAAAAGGCAAUUGAGACGCAUUCGGAUAAGCAACACGACAAGCGUCAUGGAAAGCAGCUCCUCUGUGGCCGCAGUGUUUUCAACUGUGAAGGGUGACCAAUCAGGGAAUGAGAUGUAAUGUGCAGGAUCCAAUCAGGGAAGGGUGGUGUAAUAAGUGCAAAGCAAUGGUUUGUGUUUACAAAGUUCUCCAUUUUCAUCCAUCAACAAUGAAACAGCGAACCAGCAUUUUCAGAACAUAUGACACUCUGGCGAGAGUUUUUAAAAGUCUCAAUUUUCAGCAGUUAAAAUCACCAGAGUAAUGUGGAUGAAAUGUGAAACUAAUGUCUAAGUUUUUACACAAAAUCAUAGCAGCCUGGACAUACAGUAGGCAUAGUGUGAGCUGCUCUUCAGGCCGCCAUUACCAUUCUGACUUUAUAUUUCAAUCAAGUCUUUGAAUUGUUAUUCAAAUGAUGGAGGAGGUGGGGGCGUGUUGGGGGGGUCUAGUGAGGAGCAAAAUGAAAUUCAAUUUUCAGCAUAACUUUGCCAAAAAAAUCCUGAAUUAAAUUUUAUUUUGGUUCCAGCAAAAUGUCUGCUAUUCACACAAG